UGUCGCAUCAAAACCAAGUGCGCUGCUUGUUCCUAUAAAUAGGAAUCUUGUUGAUGUAGCUCCACAUAUCUGUAAUCUGAACUUCGUUUCCCUGUCAAAAAAGACAUAUCCUUUGCUGACAUCGUCAGUCACCAAGGACAUAAAAUCAAUGUCUGCGCAUUACAAUGGCAAGAUUACAGGGUUCGUGCUGCUAUCUUCCGUCAUUGCAGCAACUGGAGGACUCAUCUUCGGUUAUGGCACUGGAGUGACAGGUGGAGUGGCCUCAACGGAUCCAUUUUUGAAGAAAUUCUUUCCAGCGAUAUACAGAAAGAUGAAUGAAGAAGGAGAGACGACAAGCAACUACUGCAAAUUUGACAGCCAACUACUCACAUUUUUCACCUCAUCAUUCUUAAUAUCUGGGCUUAUCUCUACUUUCUUUGCUUCACCCGUGACGAGGGCCUUGGGACGCAAGGCAUCGAUCUUUAUAGGUGGUGUUGCAUUUAUCGUGGGUUCUGUCCUUGGAGGCGCAGCCGAGAACAUCUAUAUGCUAAUAUGCAGCCGUCUCUCACUUGGAAUAGGAUUCGGUUUUACCAACCAGUCAGUUCCCUUGUAUCUCUCAGAAAUGGCACCCCCUCAACACAGAGGAGCUUUCAACUUUGGUUUCCAAUUAUGUGUGGGCAGUGGAGGCCUAAUGGCCCUCCUCGUCAACUACGGCACAGAAAAGAUCACAGGAGGCUGGGGAUGGCGAGUUUCCCUUGCAUUGGCUGCGAUUCCGGCCUUAAUUCUAACCAUAUCGACACCAUUCCUUCCAGAGACGCCCAACAGUCUUGUUCAGCAAGGCAAUCAAGAAAAAGCUAAGAAAAUGCUGCAGAAAAUCCGAGGCACUGAUGACGUUGAAGCAGAAUUCGACGAUCUAAUAACAGCAAGUAAUGCUUCUAAAACCAUCAAUCACCCUUUCAAGAAAAUUUUUCAGAGGAAAUAUAGGCCUCAGCUAGUGAUGUCCAUAGCGAUUCCAUUCUUCCAACAAGUAACCGGCAUCAACCUGAUAUCUUUCUACGCCCCAAUGUUGUUUCUAACAAUUGGUUCUGGAGUAAGCGCCUCUCUUUUGUCUUCCGUCAUCGUUGGAACAGCCGGGACUAUCAUGACCGUCUUGUCAUUGUUGAUUGUCGAUAAAGUAGGCAGAAGGGCUAUAUUCCAUAUAGGCGGAAUUCAAAUAUUAGUUCCACAACUGAUAAUCGGAGGAAUAAUGGCAGCAAAAUUAGGAGAUCAUGGCAUAUUGAGCCCAGGGUACAGCAUUGCAGUUCUGAUCUUAAUGUGCAUAUUUUCCAUUGGUUUUUCAUUGUCAUGGGGGCCAUUGGCAUGGUUAGUUACGAGCGAAAUUUUUCCACUAGAAAUAAGGUCAGCUGGACAAAGUAUAAACGUUGCGACGAGUUUUCUCAUUACUUUCGUUUUUGCUCAGACAUUCCUAGCAAUGCUAUGCCAUCUUAAGGCUGCAAUUUUCUUCUUUUUCGCGGUGUGGGCGGUGCUAAUGACAGCGUUCGUCUAUGUUUUACUGCCAGAGACUAAGGAUGUGCCGAUUGAAAAAAUGGAGAAAAUUUGGAAGGAGCAUUGGUUCUGGGAGAGAUUUGUUGGUGAUGGUGAUAAAGAAUAUGAAGGGAGUAAGAUUGAAGGAGCUUGAUUUAAACUUGCUUUACUCAUUAGCUUUCUUAUCUUUAUCAGCAGGAUCUAGUGGCUUUAAUUUGCUUUAUUAGUGGGAAAUAGAUUUUAAACCCUUUGAUCCACAAGAUUGUGAGGCCUUCAUUUGCUUUA